GUCAAAAUUUAAACGUCAUCCCGUUCCCGGUCUUCUCGUUGUUUACUCAUACUGUUGCAAAAAUAACCUCUUUAAAUUAGUUAAUUUUCUAUAAUAAUUAAUGAAUUGUUUACAUUUCUAUUGUUAAAAGCACCUUAUUUUGUGUUGAAAAGAAACGGAACAAUUCAUUAAAACUUAUCGAUAUGCGAUAAGUUCGUAGUGUAAGAAGUUUGUAAAUCACUAAAAAAAUACAAAAAUAAAUAGCAACAAUGGCUUUUUCAUUCGGAACACCUAGUACUCAAACUUCAACCUUCGGGGCUGCAGCAAAACCCACAUUUUCAUUUGGCGGUGCUACCACAACAACAACCAGCUCUGGUUUUGGUGGGUUUGGAAAUACAUCCACUUCAACAGGUUUUGGUGGAUUCGGUGCAACAGCAACUAGUACAGCUACACCAUUUGGUGGGUUAGGAACUACACCUGCAUCUACUGCCCCAUCCCUGUUUGGUGGGACAGGUUUUGGCACAACUGCUGCUAAACCAGCUACAGGUUUUGGGAAUACUUCAUUUGGUACAAGCACAUUUGGCACCACACCAGCAUUUGGUCAAUCCACAUUUGGAAGCACUGCACCAACAUUUGGCACCAAUACCCUUGGCUCCAAUACCUUUGGCGCACCAUUUGGCGGUGGUACCAACACAUUUGGUUCAGGGUUUGGAGCUAAGCCGGGAACUGGAUUUGCUGGAUUCGGUAACCUCGGAGCAACACCACAGUUUGGACAGCAGCAACAAGCGCAACAGCAGCAACAACAGCAACAGGCUCAGGGUCCUACAUCAGCUCACGAGGCGCUUGUGGCCGCCGUCUUCAAUUGCUGUGUGUUCGGAGAUGAGAGGGACCAAGUGCUGGCCAAGUGGAAUCUUAUACAGGCACAGUGGGGCACUGGUCAAGCCUACUACAGCCGUAACGCGCCUCCAUUAGAGCUGAACGAACAGAAUCCGCUAUGCAGGUUCAAGGCAGUAGGAUACUCCCGACUCGGCGGCCGCGAGGAUAAGGACGGUCACGUCGCCAUGCUGUUCAACAAACCUGAACAGGAGAUCAAAACUAAUCAGCAGGCCCUGACUACAUCUCUGCAAGGUUUAAUGGGAAACAAACCUAAUUUAGCCGUCACUAUAGAAUGUGUUAAGGCUGUCUCUGAUAACAAAACUCAGGUUGUAAUAUACGUAGUGGAUAAAGGGGCAGGCAACACGCAUAUAUCGGCGUCCGAGCUGAGUAACUUUUUAAACGCGGGCGCGGCUCGCAACGCGUUGAACGGCGCGGGAUGUACUACCGUGUCGCCGGUCACUGCGCCCUCGCCGCAAAUGUUGGCGCAGUACUUACAAACUGCACCGCCUGGAAUGGACAUGAGACUUUGGAAGCAAGCGCAGGCUGACAAUCCAGACCCUGAAAACUACAUUCCUGUGCCCAUAAUUGGGUUUUCUGAGAUAAAGUUCCGCAGCCGCUGCCAGUCGGAGCAGGCCAAGCUGCAGGCGCAGUGGCUGCAGCGCGCCGCGGCCGAGCUGGCCGAGCUGCGCACGCGCCGCGCCGCCGCCACCGCCAGGCUGGCGCAGCUCGCCGCCCGGCUACAUGCUCGCCGACAUACUCUGCUACAGGUGGUAGCUCGGCGCGAGGUGAUGGGUCGCGUGGGCGCGGCGUUGUCCCCCGAGGAGGAGGCGGCGCGGGCGAGGCUACACGAACUUACGUCACAACUUGCUGCACCACCGCUAUACAAUGGUCGUCUGAACGAGCUGUUAUGUGCGGUACGACUGCAACGCAGCGCAAGCGCAGGCGCGUCGCAUGAGCGGUACCAUCUGGAUCCUGGUGCACAAGAAGACGUGAAGCAGUUCUUGUCUCUACAGCAGAAGGGAAUGGCUCAUCUACUGGACACCGCCCGUAAGGACCUGGCGGCUCUCGGGACUAUUGCUGAAGGCAUGUCGCGACUAGUACGAGCCUAAAUAUGUAAAUAUCCUGACAUUUCUGAUAAUCAAUAAUACAAAUACUAGCACAUCAAGCUACCCUUACCUGUUUAAUGGAGUUUUAACUUUAUUGUAACAGCUUAAGGUUGAAAGUUGAAAUAAAAAGUGCGUAGGGUUGAUCUGCUGGUAGCACGAAAAUUUUUAAUUUGUUUCACAGUAUACAUUGAAUAUUAUUUCUUGUAGAAUGGAUUUUUUUUGUUAAAUUAAUAUCCAAAAACGUAUACCGUAAUCAUUUUGACUCCUUACUGAAUUAAUGUAUUGUUUUUCAAAAUAUUUUCCUUAAUUAUCUAUUUUUGUAUACUUUAUUAUAAGUAAGUAUUGAAUAAAGUUGAUUGGAGUUA